AUGUUUCGCCAAUCUCUUAGGAGAUGUGUUCGCAUCAGCGGCGCAAGCUUCGCCGCCCCUGCCCUCCGAACCACGCGACCGGUCGUCCUCAAGUCAAUCGCCCAGCCCUCCCAGAUUGCGCUUCGUGCGCCUUCCAGCUUGAAUGCCUUCAGGCUCUACUCGAGCGAGGCCGCGGCGGCUGCUCCUGAGCAAUCGGCCGAUGCCCCCCAGCAGAAGUCCGGUUCCAUUUCAAGAUUCGAGGACCUGCGCACCCUGGGCGUCCACGACAACCUUGUCAACAGCAUCACCAAGGGCUUGAAGUAUGAGACCAUGACCGAUGUUCAGUCCAAGACUAUCGAACCGGCGUUGAAGGGAAUGGACAUGGUCGCCCAAGCCAAGACCGGUACUGGAAAGACGCUUGCCUUCCUCGUUCCUAUCCUUCAAAGAAUGAUCUCCGCGGAUCUCUCCCUCGCCACUCGUAGAGCGCGCUUCUCUGCCGACGCCUCCGACAUCCGCGGAAUCAUCAUCUCUCCCACCCGCGAGCUUGCUGAGCAGAUCGCCGUUGAAGCCGAGAAGCUGUGCCAGGGCACCGGCUUGGUUGUCCAGCGUGCUGUUGGCGGAACCCAGAAGCGGCAGAUGCUUAUGGAGACCCGCAGGCGCGGAUGCCACUUGCUUGUCGGAACGCCCGGUAGACUCAACGAUCUCCUCAGCGACCGAAGCAGCGGUAUCAGGGCCCCGAACUUGGCUGCCAUUGUCCUCGACGAGGCCGACCGCAUGCUGGAUGUCGGCUUUGAGAGAGAACUGCAGGAUAUUGUUUCGCAGUUGCCCGACGCUAAGGAGACUCAGCGUCAGACUCUCCUCUUCUCCGCCACCAUCCCCAGCAAUGUCAUCAACCUCGCCCGCCAGUGGGUCCGCCCCGACAACUUCGACUUUAUCCAGACCGUCUCCAAAGACGACGUGCUUACCCACGAGAAGGUGAAGCAGCAUGUUGUCAACUGCAGAGGCUGGGGCAACGUGCUUCCCUCCCUGUACGAGCUCAUGCACACUGAGCUCGAGAAGCGUGCCAAGAACCCUGACCUGCUGCCUUUCAAGGCCUUGGUCUUCCUUCCCACCACCGGCUUUGUUGAGCUGGCCAGUGAGAUCGACCGAAGCAUGAAGCAUAUGAGAAGCCAGUACGACCGUGUCUGGAGCUGGCGCAUUCACUCCAAGCUCACCCAACCAGCGCGCACCAAAGCUGCUGAUCAGUUCCGCGCAGCGACUUGUGGAAUCCUCUUCUCCUCAGACGUCACUGCCAGAGGUUUGGACUUCCCCAAUGUAACCCACGUCAUCCAAGUCGGCGCCCCCAGCGACCGUGAGCAGUACAUUCACAGACUCGGCCGCACUGGUCGCGCGAAGAAGGAAGGAGAAGGCUGGCUCAUCCUCCCCGAGUCCGAUAUCCGGAAGGCUCGUACCGAGUUGGCUGGCCUCCCAAUUGAGCCAUCCGCCCUCGAAUCUGCCAAGGUCGAUUUCACCAGGGGAGAGACGUCCAGUGAGAUUACCAAGGCAGUUACUAAGGUUGCGUCCGAGGUUCCCGAGGAGAUUCUCGAAAAGGCCUACUUGUCUCUUUGGGGACAAUUCGACAGCAGAACGGCGCAAGCCAAGGCGGACGAGCUCAAGGAGUGGUGGAUUGAUGGUAUGCAGAAGGAUAACACGCCAUUCAUGAGCAGGCAAGCACUUGAGAAGCGCGGCAUCAGGAACAUUCGGGGCAUGAACACCACCUCCCCUAGAAGAUCCAGUUACGAAGAUGACCAGCCUCGUGGUUACGGUCGUGACUCUGGUCGCGGAUUCGGUCGUGAUUCUGGCCGCCGUGACUCUGGUCGCGGGUUCGGUCGUGAUUCUGGCCGCCGUGCCCCUCGCGACGGAUUUGAAAGGAUGGAGCAAGACCGCUUUGGCGACAACAGAGGAGGCCGCCCUCAGCAGAGAUCCCAGAAGGCAUCUUUCUAA